GUUAGGACAGAAUGAAGAAGAAGCAUAAAGACAGAUAGAACAAUUCCAGCAGAAGUUUCGAGCCUCAGCUGCAGACUCGAUCAACAUGGCUGAAACACACAGAGUGACUGCGGGAAGCAGGAAGAAAUGGAAAAUUGGAGGAAAUGAGAUUAAACCUGCCGGCUGGUCCGACCGAGAUGCUGAGAGAAAUCUGGCGGUUCCUUUCAGAGGUCACAUCACAGGUGGGAUGCGUCCGGGGAAGAAAGUUGUGGUUUUUGGUGUUGUGGACGCCCGUCCUGACAGGUUCUACAUGGCCCUGACAUGUGGCUGUGGGACGUCCAGGGAGCCACCGCCUGAUGUGGCUCUGGAGCUCUGCGUUCGAUUCAGGGACCGCCAGGUUCUGCGGAGGGCCUGCGUGUCUGGAUCCUGGGGUGACGUCGACAGAGCCGUCCCCUUCUUCCCCUUCAUCAGAGACCAGCCGUUCAAGAUUGAGAUUCGCUGUGAACAAAGUCGGUUUCGUGUCUUUGUGGACGGACAGCAGCUGUUUGACUUUUACCACAGACUGACGUCACUCAGCGACAUCGACACGUUAUGGAUCAAAGGCAGCGUCACCAUCACUAAACUGGCUUGAAUGAAAGGACCUCAGGAGAGAAGGACCAGAACUCUCUUUGGGUCAUAAUUUGUUUGUUUGUCACCUUUUCUGAUGCUGAAGAUCUUAGAGGAGGUUUAGGUAGCUGAACAAAAAUCUUAUUCACUUAAUGACAGAUAAUGAACACAGAUAAUGAAGGAAGUGCAGCACUGAUCAGUAAUUAAAUCACACUUGAUUUCACUGUAAUUAACAUCCUUCCUCCUCCUCCUCCUCUUGGAUAUCUUGACUCUUUAACUUUGCCUUUAAAGCUAAACAACUUUUUAUAUUUUUAUAUUUUAGGCUUUAUAUAUUUUACUUAUAAUGACUUUGCUGUUGGGAAAAACAAUCCGUAGGCUUCAACACUUUGGAAUGUGUUCCAGUUUGGUUCAUUAAUUUCUGGGAAUUUUCACAGAAUGUCCCACAUAACUGCCAGUUAUUGUUAUGUAAAUAAGACCAGAGACUAGUUCU